UAUCUCAUUAAUCUUUGCGAUGGUUUGAAGUUUUUGAGGUUGUGCUUGAGACACUGAGGAAGUGUGACAUUUUAUUUUAUUUUAUUUUGUUUUUGUUUUCGCAUAUUCCUUUGACUACGUUCAUAAGCUCGACAGAGACUUCUUGAUCUUGUCUUCACUGAUUGCGUUUAAAUUAGCGCUGUGAGAUUGAUGGCGUUGCACCGGAGUUGUGCAACUUAUUACUACGUGUUUAUGUGUUGAAUGCCUGUGUUCAUGGUGCCGUAGUGGUGUGUGAAAUCUGAUAGAUCUUAAGAUAAGGUUUGACCAACGAGGUUACACAUAGCGGUAGUGUUGCUUUUUUUCUGAAAGGAUUCAGUUUUGCUUGUGGACUUGUGGGCAUGCAUCGGAGAGGGAGACCGGCCACCUACUUUUCUUUUUUGUUUUUCGCAGAGAUUGGUCGUGCACGGAGACUCAGCCUGUGGACUUUGUGCUUUGACGUUCAAAAGUUUUAUGCGAGAUUUUGAAUCCUCAACGGUACCCCAAGGCACAAAUAGUUAUCCAGUUCUAGUUGCGUUCAGCUGCAGUUCGAGAGCAUAUUUCAGGGCUGCAUCCUGCAACUCCAAUUUUACUUGUUACCGGUGCAUCGGUGUAGCGAGAGACUACAUCUAUCGUACAAACAGUACACAACGACCACCUGAAGUGUACACUGACAAGAGAGAAGAGUAACUGUCUUACUGUGGAGUGUUAAGUGCCUCAUUAUAUGGAGAGAUGUGUAAUCGCUCAUUGGAUUUCUAGUAGGAAUAGAUAGUCUCGGUUGUAAACUGACUGGGACUCAAGUGUUCACUAGUUACUGAAUAGUUCGAGACUUGGACAUUUACACUUUGGAGUUUGGUCCAGCUUCCCAUAGUCCUCAUGUGUGUUGACAAUACGGCGAUCUCCCCAGAAACUUGGAAACUUGAGUUGAGCUGUUCAGCUCAUUCCGGCAAGCUUGCAAUAAUUGCUGCUCCCGUCAGGCACUUAUAACAACUUCGUCUCAUGAACUGGCCCUGAAUACUUUCCCUACUGUGGUAUAGUCCAUGCUCACUUUGAACUGUGCUGUGGUGCACUUGGUACAGCCAAGCUGGUGAAUUAAGUCACUGCACCAAUGGUGUACUUGGAACAGCCAAAUGGUUAGAAGGGACACAAUUUUUUUUUGAUUCGAUGAGGUAAUUGGGGAAACAUAGCAUAUUUAUUCCUAGAUAUCGAUGAUAAUCGACCAAACUUUUCGUUGAUGAGAUGAACUACAGCUUGCUACUUACUUUCUGCCGAACCGAUUGCAAAUAACUCAAGCGUCCGAAUUGAAGUUCUUCUUCCGCAAGAUUGGGACCUGAUCAGACAAUAUUGCGUGAAGUUGUUUCUUAGACCGUUAGAAGAACAUCAGACUGUUUCUCCAUUAUCGUGAUUGUUUUCUGCUAGAGGCCUUGUUCAGAAACAAGAUUGGAUUAGCAAAAGAAGCUGUGUCCGACUAUCACAAAAAGGCAGGACCGCCGCAUAAACCCUGCGGAUCUAGUGUCCAAUAAGUAACGAGCUGCUCAUCAUUACCAACGUGCUAGAUUAAAUGGAAUCGCACUCUUCACUUUGGGCUUCGGCAUUAAGCCACGACUAGUCGAGUUGGAGCAAACCAUCUUUCAAGAAAUAAAUUUUGUCUCUUGGCUCGCACAUCGCCCUCUGUUUUCAGAUUGAGGCUACGACCGCACAAUGCUAGAGGAUAAAAAUCCAGAGAUCCAGCGGGGGACUUUCAAGGGCGACAGGAAGACCCACCAUGCAAGUUGCAAGAGACGCUUACACAUGAGAAAUUGGAGCUCGUGGAUCUUACUGUUGGUGGUCACCUUGUUCCUGCACAUUCCUGGCUCCGCGAUAAAUUUAGAUGGGGAAGCGUUAAUAUCCUUUAAGCGAGGCAUUCAAAAUGCCAAUCUCUCCCUUUGGAGCUGGAAUGAAUCUCACUCUAAUCCGUGUUUGUGGUCCGGUGUGACGUGUCUCCCUGGAAGUGACCGGGUUCACAGACUGAAUAUUCCUAACCUCAACUUGCGAGGAUUUAUAUCCCCCGAGCUUGGGAAGCUCGACCAGCUACGCAGGCUUGGCCUUCACGAGAAUAACCUGUAUGGUUCGAUUCCAAGGGAGAUAAGCAACUGCACUAAUCUAAGAGCAUUAUAUUUGCGAGGGAAUUUUCUUACAGGAAAUAUCCCUGAGGAGCUUGGAAACCUGCAGCGCCUAAAAAUACUUGACAUUUCUAACAACGGAUUGACGGGAAGCAUUCCUGAGUCUUUCGGGCGCCUAUCAGAGCUUUCUUUUCUAAAUGUCUCAACCAAUUUCCUGGUUGGGAACAUACCCACAUUUGGAGUUCUGGCAAAGUUUGGCGAUUCCUCGUUCUCUUCGAAUCCAGGUCUAUGCGGGACCCAAAUUGAAGUCGUGUGCCAGAGUAUUCCUCACAGCAGUCCUACCACAUGGACGAGUGGUUCAACAUUAGUUGGACGUUCUACUGAUGAUGCGAACAGUAUUCUGAUGAGUGCAAUGGGCACCAGUGGCAUUGCUCUCCUGGUGGCUCUCAUCUGCUGUAUUGCAUUUCUCGUAUUCAAGAAGCGUCGUAGUAAUCUGCUCCAAGCUAUUCAAGACAACAAUCUCGAUGGUUACAAAUUGGUAAUGUUUCGGAGCGACUUGUCUUACACAACAGAUGAGAUUUAUAAGAAGAUAGAGAGCUUAUGUGCUGUUGACAUCAUUGGAUCCGGUAGUUUCGGGACUGCAUACCGCUUAGUCAUGGAUGAUGGUGGCAUGUUUGCUGUCAAGAACAUAGUAAAACAGGAGAUGGGCUCUGAACGAUUUUUCGAACGAGAAUUGGAAAUCCUAGGAAAUUUGAAGCACCAAAAUUUGGUGAACUUGUGUGGUUACUACAUCUCAGCUUCCGCCAGACUCUUGAUCUAUGACUACUUAGCAGGGGGGAAUCUUGAGGACAACUUACAUGAGAGGUCACUCACCAAGAAGCAUCUAACCUGGAGCACACGAAUGAGGAUAGCGAUUGGCUCAGCCCAAGGAAUUGCAUACAUGCACCACGAUUGCGUACCCGGAGUCAUUCACCGGGGCAUAAAGUCCAGCAACGUUCUUUUAGACAACAACAUGGAGCCUCAUGUGUCUGACUUUGGUUUAGCAAAGUUAGUGGAAGAUGAUUCGUCUCAUGUAACAACGAUUGUUGCAGGCACGUUUGGAUAUCUGGCACCAGAGUACAUGGAAAGUGGCGCAGCUACGGAGAAGGGCGACGUCUACAGUUUCGGUGUCAUGCUGCUGGAGAUGAUUAGCGGCAAACGACCCACUGAUGCCUUGCUGAUGAUGAAAGGAUAUAACUUAGUCACCUGGGCCACUUAUUGCGUCAAAAUGAAUCAAGUAGAGGAGCUAGUUGAAGAGAGUUGCUUAGAAGAAAUACCAACAGAGCAAAUUGAGCCCAUUAUACAGAUUGCUCUGCAGUGUGUUUCCCCUAUUCCUGAGGACCGGCUCACAAUGGACAUGGUUGUGCAAUUGCUCGAAAUUCACAAACUUUCAAAAUGUACAAGCGACGUCAGCAACUUCUAUCACUCUCCAAUUUCCGCCCCUGAAGAUCGUGGGCGUUAAAGUGGAUAGAUUCUUCUCUUUGUAUUAUUUUACUGUACAUCACCAUUUCAUGUAUAAGCAACUCACAAUACUGAAGAAUUUUGAGCCUUGUGCAGCCUUUAAUAUGCAACUUAGAAGUUAGGAUUUCAGUGCAUUAAGAAAUCAUAUUCUAGAAUAUUAGCUAAUACUAUUGGCCUAGCACAACUGUAGAUAAUCCUCAGUUGUGCACUCAUUCAGCACAUCUAUGUAUAACAUGAAAGAAAUUGAGAGUUUCUACAAAAUAAUAAAAAGAAAAGAUUUGUUACAUCAA